AUCCUUUCUUUUGUAGAAGCAGCACAUUCAAGUGAUUUAUAAACCAAUUUCAGCUCUGAAUGACAAUUCUUGUCAGUUGUUGCUCCAGCCAGAGGAUGGGUGUGGUCCAAGCUAUCAAAUAAAACUGACUUAUUCCAUCAAAGAGCAAGAAAGUUCUCACAAGUUGGAGUGUAGCAGACAAAACUUGCAAUGGACUGAUGUCAAAAUUGGACAAUCAAGCUCAAAGGAAGUCUUCAUUAGAAAUGUUGGGACGUCACACGUCAAAUUGCUUGUAUCUCUCCUUCCUCCCUCCUCCUCUCCCUCUCCCCUCUCUUUCCCUGCUAACAUAUUCAAAUUUACAACUUCACUGUUGCCUUCUCCUGCUGGUGAAAUAUUGCUAGAGCCAUGCCAGCAGUUUGGAAUUACUGUUAGCUUCACUCCAGCUCAGCCUAAUGUAUAUACAUCAUCACUUAUCAUUAAAGAAGCAACUAAAACUUAUAAAAUAUCUCUAUGUGGAUUUACAUGCAAAGAUGAAGUCAGUAUGGAAGGGAAUCAAAAGCCUCUAGAAUCACCUCAUGCAAUAGAAGCUGAGUCUUUGACAGCCGUCAGUUCAGUUCUAGAUAGACAAUAUCUUCACUUUACUGAUACACCAAUCAAGCAAUAUUCUGAGUCUCAACUAAUUAUUAGCAACCCAUUCUCUGUUCCCAUUAAGUGGAAGAUCAUUGAUCUUGCUCCUCCUUUUGUUAAAGAAAGUCCGAAGGAGCCUGAUGCCAUAUAUAGAGCAAAUUAUUCAGUUUUUUGGAUACACCAGUACAAUGGACACCUCCAGCCUCAACAGGAGACUCAAGUGCUCGUUACUUUUCAACCUCAAGACAUUGGGCAAUACUCUCAAGUGAAAGACAUUGAAUUAGUUGUAGGAAAAGAAGUGAAAAGGUUCAAGAUAUCGAUGGGAGGAAAGGGUAUUGACUAUCAUCAGUUUCAACAAAGAGCUCUCGAUGUUAAAGAAAACCUUCCUCCUCUCCUACCUACUCCUCAUCCUGUACCAGGAGCUACUCCUCCUCGUGUAAAGAGACAUACUGGAAAGAAUAAAGAACUCUUACUGUCUCAUAAGCAAAGGAAGGUUGUGUACUUGAGUGAUGAGUGUGUCACUUUCCCUUCUGUUGGUCUGGGGGAGGAGUCAGUUAUUAAAAUUAGAGUUUUUAAUAAAGACACUGUCACGCAUAAGUUUGAAGUGAUUGAUCCUCAUCCUCCAUUUACUGUCCUACAUCGUCACUUUGAGUUAACUCCAAGGCACUGUGCUCGAUUACCCAUCUAUUAUGCUCCAACUGUUGCUGGUAGCCAUCAGAGUGUACUUGCCAUUAGAACCCUCAGUGGUCACCAAAUGUUUACUCUUUUAAAAGGAACUGGAGCAGUGCGUGAUCACUAACUUUGUUGUUAUGUACCACUCUCAUUUUAAUCUCAUUAUUUGCGUUAGGAUAGCAAUUAAAGAAUAA